AUGUCCGAAACUUCAAAAAAUAAAAAAAUAAUUAUUCAUGAGAAAAAAAAAGGUUUAGUGUGGAAACAUUGGACUGUACUUGUAGAUGAAAAUGAUGAAAGUAAUAAACCGCAUCCUCAUGUUAAAUGUAAUUACUGUUCUAAAAUUUUUAAUUGUGAAAUUGCCACUCAAAUACAAGUCCAUCUUGAUAAAAACUAUAAAGGAGCACCUGAUAAUGCAAAAUCGAAGAAAAGGACAAAUCCAUUUUUUAACAAUGAACAAUCAAAUGAACAAUUAAAUGAAAUCAGCAUAAGAAAACUUGCAACUGAAUUUUUAGACAAGGUUUUUGAAGAAGUGAAAGAAGAAUCUGAUAAAGAAAUUUUAUUAGCACAAAAUUUAUGUAUG